AUGGCCGACCGCAGGGGCUGGGCGCACUUUGCUUCCGCCUCAAAAUCUUCAGAGAAUCUCCGCGAGACCCCUCGUCCUGAGGCUACAGCAAUCGCCGGAAUCGAGGCUUCUCAAUUCGGGCUUCGAUCUUCAAACGCUACCAGCGCGCCGUCCGCAUCAGGAACAACAGCAAAAGUCACGCCAGCGACGGCCUAUUCGAGAAAUGCUGUCUCCAGUGCAAGCCACAAUCAGGUCAAUGGCCAGAAUACCAGUGCUAUUGAUUCAGCACCACUCAACUCCACUGCACGAAAGGAAGCCAGCAUACAUCACCUCGCGGGCACGAAGGACACUGAAGAUAUCCACAAGGACAACGAUAAACAAAACGCCAAGGGCCUCCAGAAAGCGACUUG